AUGAAAAUUAAAAAAUAGAAAGCUUCAAGAACAAAAUAUAAAAGUAUAUCCUCGUCUGAGAGAGCUUUGAUAAUACAUUAUAUUGAGUAAUACAAGUACUCUACUUCACAUGUAAGACUAUUUCUGAUUAUAUCAAGGUUUCUAUGAUCACAGGGCACAAUGCUUCUACAAUAAAGGCCAUUUAUUCAGUUUAUAAAAAACAAGGUAGGAUAAAUAAGAAAGCGAAAAGGGACAAGAUUUUGAAUUUAACCUUUCGGUUUAUUUUGUUUGUAGCCGAUGAUAUGUAUAUUUUAUAUGUAUGCAGCCAAGGAAGCUUGACCAAAUUAAAUGUGGAUUCACUUGAAUCUUAACAUCUAUUAGUUGAGGAAGGACAAGUCAAUAUAUAAACUAGUCAGGAAUAAGCAAUAAAAAAAAUUUUACAAAUUAACAAGCCCAAAAUAAUUGACCUUUUAGAUAAUUCUAUGGCCAUAGAUACUUUUGAAAAAGAAUUCAAGCUCAUAUAACAGCACGAAUUUCCCAGCCGGUAGUUUUCUUCCUUGAAAUUUUAACCAGAUUCUUAUAAGUGGGAAUAUGGCAAUUUUGUAAUGAGGAACAAUUUCAAUUAGUUUUUAGGCCUGUUUUCUAAGAAAUAAGAGGAUAAGUAAGAAGAAGAGGAAAGUAAGUCAAUCAUAGUGAGAAAAUUAUAAGAAUAAUAUCGAUUAAUGAAGAUGUGA